CACAUCACUUGAUUCUUUAACUAGCAUGAUCUUUGUGUUGUCUGAAAACUGCUCACAGAAAUGUCUUCUUGUUUAAAUGAUUUUCUUCUUCUUAUGCUUCUCUGUAUUUUUGUUCCAAGUUUUCCAACAGAUGAAGCCAAACAUUUGAACUCAACAACAGUUGGAGAACUACUUCUCCACUCAUAUGAAGAAAGCCUUCAGAUUGUAAAUGCAGCCGCGGUCCAUUCCAGGCUACGGCAAAACACUCCCAGGCCUUCAAAAACCCUGUUUACAUUCCAUCGACAAACUGAGGCUGAAACCCUGAAGAGUUCACGAGCUGCAGAGAUCUUUCAAACCACUCUGCAAGUCCUAAAAAGAAAAGCAAGACAAAUACAUACAAGGGAUGUAAUGAGAUCAGGAUUGCUCUCGUGGGAGGAUGUGCAGCUGAUUGCAGAGUUGUCUAAGUGUCCUCCUGCAACCCAUCCAUCCAUCUGUCAGCACAGUCAUCUCAACAAAUACCGUUCAAUAUCUGGCCUCUGCAACAACAGGCAAAAUCCUCUCUGGGGAGCAAGCAACACUCCUUUGGUCAGAUGGCUUCCAGCUGAAUAUGAAGAUGGAGAAAGAGAACCAAAGGGUUGGAACAGAGGACUGCUUUAUAAUGGAUACCAACUUCCCCAGCCACGGGAUGUCAGCAAAAGAAUACUGAGGAGCACUUCUAAAGCGAAAGAUGAAGACUAUUCAAGCCUGCUGGUGGCAUGGGGACAGUAUAUUGACCAUGAUAUGACCUUUACCCCUCAAAGUACUGGAAGUGCUGCUUUUUGGACUGGCACAGACUGUUCGGAUACUUGUGAAAAUAUGCAUCCAUGCUUUCCCAUAAUGGAGACUGGUAAACAGGACUGCAAGCCUUUCUUUCGCUCCCUUGCUGCCUGCUUUGUCAAUUUUCGGUCUGAUAUUAGAGUCACCCUGCAGCGACAGCAGAUGAAUUCAAUCACAUCAUUCAUGGAUGCUUCACAAGUGUAUGGCCACAGCCCAAAACUGGAGAGAAAUCUUCGUGACCUCUCUGGCCGUAAUGGAAAACUUGCUGUCAACAAACAAGUCCAAGAUGCCAAUGGAAGAGCCUACCUCCCGUAUGUCAGCACUCUGCCAUCAUCCUGCUUUCAGCAUCCAGACGGAGAGAGAGUUGAAUGUUUCAGUGCUGGAGACAAUCGGGUCAAUGAGGGUCUGCCCCUGACCACUUUACAGACACUCUGGCUUAGAGAACACAAUCGGAUUGCAGCGGCACUGAAACACAUCAAUGAUCACUGGAGCCCAGAGACUAUAUACCAAGAAACUCGCAAGAUAGUCGGAGCUCUGCACCAGAUUAUAACUAUGAGAGAUUAUAUUCCAAAAAUAAUCGGCACAGAAUCUUUUGAACACUACAUUGGACCCUAUGGGGGAUAUGAUCCAACUACUGACCCUUCAGCCUCCAAUGUGUUUGCCACUGCUGCAUUCAGGUUUGGCCACGGUACCAUCACUCCCAUUAUCAGGAGACUUAAUGAGAGCUUCCAGGAACAUGAACUCUUCCCCUCAUUGAAACUACAUAACACGUUCUUCAGUCCAUGGAUAAUAGUCAAAGGAGGUGGAAUUGAACCAAUUCUGAGGGGUGUAAUUGGAACCGCAGCCCGAACUGUAACUCCAGAUAAGCUGUUGACAGAAGAGGUGACGGAGAGGCUGGUGGUCCUUAACGUUCCAAAACAAAUGGACCUCGCAUCACUGAACCUGCAAAGAGGACGAGAUCACGCUCUUCCAGGAUACAAUGAUUGGAGAGCCUUCUGUGGACUGACAUCAAUUAACACACUUGAUGAUUUCACGAAGGUUAUAAGGGUUUCCAGGAUUGCUAAGAGGAUACUGAAACUAUACAAACAUCCUGAUAAUAUCGAUGUGUGGCUUGGAGGACUGGUGGAAAGUUUGUUGCCAGGCUCAAGAACUGGUCCUCUCUUUGCCUGCCUGAUCGGAAAGCAGAUGAAAGCACUUCGUGAUGGGGAUAGGUUCUGGUGGGAGGCUGAAGGAAUAUUCAGUCAACAACAGAAGGUUGAGCUUUUAAAAGGGUCUCUGUCUCGGAUUAUCUGUGACAACAGCAACAUAAAGGAAGUCCUUGUUGAUUCUUUUAGGUUCAGGAAAUAUCCCUCUGGUUACAUCCCGUGUGAACAUAUACCAUCAAUGAACUUUGAAGCUUGGAGAGAGAAGAAGAGCCCAGAACUAAGGCGAUGUGGCACUCCACGGGAGAUACAGAAUGGGGAUUUUAUUUUAUCCUCUAUGACUGGAAAACUUGUCGCUCUCUACUCCUGCUACCAUGGUUUCAAGUUAAAGGGUGCUGCUGCAAUUACCUGUGAAGGAAAUCAAUGGAGUGAUCAUCCCCCACAAUGCACAGGGAAUAAUCCUUAAGGCUUUGAAGUGUGACAGAUCCUGAAAUGAAGAAAAAGCACAAAGGAACAUCGCCUAAUUUCUGGAAUUUGUUGCGUUUUUAAUUUCUAACAUGGAAACAUUUCCUUUAAAAUGAAAUGUUUUGAGACUCUGUCUCUCUGAGACAUUUAUAAAAGAAAUUAUUUGUUGAAUAUUUUUCUUUAUUAUUUUUUAAAUAAAUGAGUCG